GGCAUUGGGUGUGAACUAGCUCCUCUAAGUCUAUCAAUCCUUUCUCUCUUAUAAAUUUCAAAACUUACCUUUACACGUUCAAAAAUAUGGGACAAACGCUAUCUGAGCCCGUUGUAGAAAAACACUCCACCGACGGAGGUGAUUCUCGUGUCAUUUAUGGAGCUUCAGAAAUGCAAGGCUGGCGCAUCACUAUGGAAGAUGCUCAUACUACGAUCCCAAACCUCGAAAGUACCGGUACAAGCUUUUUUGCCGUGUUUGAUGGUCAUGGAGGAGCUGCUGUUGCGAAGUACUGUGGUCAAUUUUUGCACAAGAAAGUCUUAGACGAACCAACAUUCUCUGAAAAGAAGUAUGAAAACGCAUUGAGAGAUGGCUUUUUAAAAACCGACCAGGAUUUGCGUGAAGACAAGGAAUUUGCAAACGAUACAUCUGGUUGUACGGCGGUUGUUGCAUUAAUCACAGAAGAUAACCAUGUCUUAGUGAGUAACGCAGGUGACUCUCGAGCUGUUAUUAGCAUUCACGGAAAAUGCAAACCUCUCUCUUACGACCAUAAGCCCGUCAACCGCACUGAAUCGUCACGAAUUGUUGCUGCUGGUGGCUUUGUUGAGUUUGGCCGUGUUAAUGGUAAUCUCGCUUUAUCAAGAGCCAUUGGCGAUUUUGAAUUCAAACAGAACAACUCUUUGCCCGCUACAGAGCAGAUUGUCACAGCCAACCCUGACAUCAUCGAACACAUACUCGGAGAUGAUGAUGAGUUCAUGAUAGUCGCUUGUGAUGGUAUUUGGGAUUGCAAGACGAAUCAAGAAGCUGUAGAUUUUGUUCGUGCUGGAUUGGGACAGAGGAAAUCUCUCAAGGCUAUCUGUGAAGAGUUGAUGGACGAUUGCUUGGCACCUAACAGCGAAAUCGGUGGUGUCGGCUGCGACAAUAUGACUGUGGUCAUCGUCGGUAUUCUCAAUGGCAAGACCGAAGAUGAAUGGCGUGAUUGGAUGGUUUCACGUUGCCAAAGCGCUGUAACAAAGAAGGCAGAGCAUGACGAAGCGAAACGUAAUGAAGUCGAAGAGGAAGACAAUGAACCCAGUGCGGUUUCCGGUUUGAAGGAUGUUGGCCUUACAUAUGAGGCUGACAAUGAAGAGUUGCAAGUUACCUCUGACGCUGACAAGAAGGCGGCAGAGAAGCAAGCUCGGGAAGACACGGCUUCGCAAGCAAAUGAUAAUACCAAUCAGUAGCUUAAUCAUCGCGAUAAUCUCCUACACUACCUUUUUCUCAUCAGCUUUGUUUGUGCGUC